AUGCACAUCAACACCAUGGACAGGCCUGAGUUUGACGCGAGUGGGGAUCCGCAGAAGCACCUGCAGUCGCUACUGAAGCUGGCAGAAGAAGGGAAGGCCAAAGGCAAGGUGGUGGCGGUGGGCGAGUGCGGGUUGGACUAUGACCGCCUCGUGUUCUGCCCCAAGGAGGUGCAGCAGAAGUACUUUGAGCUCCAGUUCGACCUCGCCCAAGCCACCCAGCUGCCCAUGUUCCUUCACAUGCGCGCUGCUGCUGACGAUUUCCUGGAGAUUGUGAAGAGGAACGAGGGCAGGUUCGUGGGGGGAGUGGUGCAUUCGUUCACAGGCACGUGCGACGAGAGGGACGCCAUUCUCGCAGUGCCCAAGCUAUCCAUAGGCAUCAACGGAUGCUCAUUAAAGACGGAGGACAAUCUUAAAGCCAUGGCGGGGAUCCCUCCCAAUCGCCUCAUGCUUGAGACUGACUCGCCCUACUGCGAUGUGCGGCCGACACACGCCGGCCACCGAUUCGUGGGCAGCAAGUGGGCGGCAAAGAAGAAAGAGGCGCAUUCGGAGGAGGCUAUGGUGAAGGGGAGAAAUGAGCCGUGUGCCAUCAGGCAAGUGCUGGAGGUGGUGUGCGGGUACAGGGGAGUAGAGGACGUAGAGGAUUUCGCUCACACUGUCCACGACAACACUUCCAG